AUGUUCUAUAGUAUACAUAGUGCAACUGCUGAUGCAAGUCAAGCUCCAGACUUUCUCAAAGCUCAAGACUAUUCCGAUGCAUUCCUAAAUCAACUUCAGUUUCUGAAGUUGAGAUGUAUUAGUGGAACAAGUCUUGAGAUGGCAUUUAUUAAGCUUUUAUUAGAGAAGACAUCAGAGGUGAAAGAAAUGGUAAUAUUGGCAGAAGCCAAGGAUAUUGCUGACAAAGGAUUUGGGAUUUUGAAGGAGUUGAACACAUUCGAGCGCGCUGGUGCAUCACCAAAUGCAAAGGUCAUUUAUGAAGAUUAA